GCCGGGCGCGGCGCAGGCGCCGGCUGUCAUGAUCCGCGCUCUGAGCCGCCUGGCCGCGCGGCCCCGGGGCCAGCCCUCGACCGUGCUGCUCCUGCCCGCGCGCGGCCGCAAGACCCGCCACGACCCGCCCGCCAAGUCCAAGGUCGGGCGCGUGAAAAUGCCGCCCGCGGUGGACCCUGCGGAAUUCUUCGUGUUGACGGAGCGCUAUCGGCAGUACCGGCGGACGGUGAGCGCUCUCAGGCAAGAGUUCAUGUCCGAGGUGCGAAAGAAGAUAUACGAGGCCCGAUCCGGGGUCCUGGCUGAGCGCAGGGCGCAGGAGGCCGCCGCGGAGCACCGGGAGCUCAUGGCCUGGAACCGGGAGGAGAACCGGCGGCUGCAGGAGCUGAGGAUAGCUAGGUUGCAGCUGGAAGCUCAGGACCAGGAGCUACGACAAGCCGAGGACCAGGCUCAGCGGGCCCGGGAGAAGCAGGCUUGGGUGCAACUGAAAGAACAAGAAGUGCUCCAACUGCAGGAAGAGGCAAAGAACUUCAUCACCCGGGAGAACCUGGAGGCACGGAUAGAAGAAGCCUUGGACUCUCCGAAGAACUAUAACUGGGCCGUCACCAGAGAAGGGCAGGUGGUCAGGAACUGAGCACAGAGGCUCCUAGGGGCCCAAAGUAAGGACAGUGCUUGCCAAGGGACCAUGUGUAUUGGGGCAGGAAUUGGUGCAUCCUAGGAGGCUGGCUCAGCCUUUUCCAGAGCAGGCCCCAUUCAUUCUAGGUUCUGCACUCACCACCUGACCAGGACCUUCUGACCCCACAUACAAACUCAAGACAGCAUUAGACUCAGGGAGUUCCUGUCACACAGAGGACCAGACUGGACUAUGUCCCCUCUAGCAGCCAAGCUCUCCUCUGAGUCUCAUGGAGUACUUCGAGCCAAAUGUUUGUUGCUUUUAUAAAUAAAGUUUUAUUGGAAGCCA